AAGUCCUAUACAGGGUUGCAGUUCUUAUGAGUAUACCCUAGAUGGCGCACCUCUCUAAUUUGACCGACAUUCACUACUUUCGCUUUCAAGAGCAAGCACAUGGCAAAAAUCACUUGUGAGGCACGGUGAGAAGGCAAACAUCUAUCCUGUGUGCGUUCAUGCCAAGAAAACCACACACACACACACGCACGUACUCACUCAUUAAAGCUAUUUUUGGAUGAAACUCUCCGAGCCCUUUACUCUCUUACCGGAGUCUCCAGUUUUCAAGGACUAUCAGAACAUUCCAGAGGUUCCACCUCAACAAAUGGUCCUUCGAGCCGGAUGAUAGUAACCUUGAAGACAACAUGCAAUCCGAGCAGGAGGUCACACCAACCAUUGUGCAACCUCGUACUCAGCGGGAGAGACAUCCACCAGCCUACUUGGGUGAUUAUGAUGUUGGAUAUCAACCAAGCCAGAUUCCAGCUUCCAGUGCAGGGGACAGUAAUACAAUGCCAGCAGCUGCCAUUGCAUCUGCACAUCCAGAUGAAGCGCAUGUGCCUUGCCGAUCAUUAUCAGCACAUUCAUCAGCAAAGUCACGUCAAAGCCGAUCCAGGACAAAGACCACCAGAAGCAGUGUAUCCAGCCAUUCGACAGCUUCGCAACUGACAGAGCUACAGGCAGCUAUUGUAGAGGAAAAGCUGAAAAGUAUGGAGCUAGCAGAGAUGCAGAGGCAGAUGGUGGAGGAGAGCAAAGCUGAGGAGCAGUGUGAGUUCCUGGAUCAACAAGCACGCUUAGCAUUAUAUGAGAGAGAAGAAUUACUCAGAGAGCAGCAGAGGAGAAGUCAUCAGUUAGAUGAAGAGGCUCGUGCAGCACACAAGACCAAAGAACUGAUCACCAAACAGCUUGAAAGACAGCGUCGUAUUAAGCAGAAAGAGAUGGAGCUGGAGAAAGCGCGUCUUGUUGCUUCACUUCUCCGAGAAUCAGAGACUGAGAAUGCAACUGCUAUUUCACAAACUGAAGGUGAACUUGACCCAGAGCAGGUACAGACUGAUACACUCCGUUUACCAAAGGUAGAGGUUGCUCACCAUACACUACGACAGUUCCCUGAUAGUACACAGCACUCUACACCACACACAUAUCAGAGUAAACCUGUUACUGCUCAGCCAUUAGUUCCACAUUCAGUACAUGAGCCCAUUACCUCUCAUGCUACAUCCAAAUCAUUAUAUGUAGAACCAAUGAAUGUUGUUCCUUCUCCUAUCUGUUCUGUUGCAGCACCAGGUGUGUUUCCCUCACAGGUAAAAUUACAUGUUGCAGAUGUUUGCCCUCCUUUAACCGUACAGCCAUCUUUGUCCUAUGAGAGACAAACAUAUAGUCAGUUAGGCUCUAACCUUCUAUGCCCAGGUGCAUCAUAUGUGUCUCCGGAUUCAACAGCGACCAGCUAUGCUCAGCCACCUCACCAGUCAAUUUCAGUACCGUCUCAGCCCACAAUUAAUCAGUCACAAAAUCCUGUUAGGCAACAGCAGUUAAGCUCACAGCCAUUACCCAGGCUAAAUGUUCCCAGUGUACAGCCACCAGCCCCAGCCAAUGUUAUGGAUAUGCUAAUUGCUAAUUCAUAUGGUAUACCUAAACCAGCUCUGCCUACAUUUGAGAGUGGUAGGGAGUCAGACUUUGCCCUACUAAAAAUGGCAUUAGAUAGUCUCAUAGGCUGCCACACUCAUCUCACAGAGCAGUUUAAGUACCAGGUACUUCUAGACAGAAUAAGACUACCCAGUGCAUACAAAUUAGCACAAGCCUAUAUGCAUGAUCCUACACCGUACACUACUGCAUUGCAAGCCCUCCAAGACAAAUAUGGGCAACCUCGUCAACUUGUACAGAGUGAACUUGGGUCCAUUUUGAACUCUCCACCAGUUAGAGUAGGGGAUGCCGAAGCCUUUGAUAAUUUCGCUCUUGCAGUACAUGCACUUGUAGGUAUGCUUCGUUCUUUAGAAGGGGAGAAUGGGUACGAACUGAAGUGUGGCUCACAUGUGGACAGACUUUUAGUCAAAUUGCCGGCUACCUACCGAGAUGGAUUUGUUGAACAUUGUCUCAGUCGUGGUAUACUCGUCACAGGGACAGAUAAAACAUACACUCUUCAUGACUUAGCAGCAUGGCUUCAGCUAAAAUCACAGGCGAAGCGCAUCUCAAGUAGAGCUGUUGACAUGUUUCAAGAACAGAUAAAGCCUCAAAGGAAAGGGAAGAGUAGCCAUACAUCAUCAUCUUCUGUGUACUACAACAUUAGUAGCAGUCAUGAUAAAAUGCCCCUUACGACUCUGCCAUGUCGUACCUUUCCACAAAAGCCCAGGGACAAACCAAAAGCUUACUGUCCAUACUGUAAUACCCGUGAGCAUUAUCUCAGUAUGUGUUCCAAAUUUAAGUCACUGACGACUACCCAGAUCACAGAAUGGAUCAGAGACAAAGGUUGUUUCCGCUGUGGACGCAAUCACAAACCUGAGGCUUGCACCCUCAAAAAGCCCUGUAAUAUAUGUCAAAAGCAGCAUCUUACUGUACUACAUGAUGUAAACAUGCAGGAGCCCAACAAGGUCCUUAUGGUCAGUACCUCAGCAGACACCAUUUAUCUUGACCGUCCCAAUCGUCCUCAACAGGUCAUGUUAAAGGUGGUCAAAGUACUCAUACAUAAUGCCAGACACUCACUAGAGGCUUAUGCUUUGCUAGAUGAUGGUUCCGAGCGGACAAUUCUCCUCUCCUCUGCUACACAAUACCUCCAGCUGCAUAAAAACCCUGAAACGCUCUCAUUGAGAACUGUUCGACAUGAGGUUGUUCACCUGAAGGGGUCAUCUGUAUCAUUUGAAAUUUCACCCGCUGACAAUCCUAGACAAAAAUACAAGAUCCAUCAUGCCUUUACGGCUGAUGAAUUGGGUUUCUCAGAGCAUACUUACCCAGUGAAAGUACUGAUGAAAAAGUACAAGCAUUUGCGAGGGUUACCAAUACCAGAAAUUGAUCAUGUGCGGCCCGUACUACUAAUCGGUUCCGACUUUCCACAUUUGCUCAUUCCCACUCAGCCUGUGCAUAUUGGCCCAGCAGGUGGACCUGUAGCAAUCUGCACCCCGCUUGGUUGGACACUCCAAGGUCCUGCCAGCCUGAUGCAUGUUCCUAGUGAUGAGCAGCGGUGUCUCUUCACUGCAGUGGGACCUACCCACUUAGAUCUACAGAGACAUGUGGAGAAAUUGUGGCAGAUCGACACUUUACCUUAUAUCAGUGAGAAAGCAGCCACUCGAUCUAAGCUCGAUCAACAAGCACUUGAAUUGCUCGAGCAGCAAACUGUAAGGGUGAAUGUAAAUGGCACAAUGAGAUAUGCUACACCACUUCUCAUGCGGAAAGACAGUCCUUGUCUAAAAGCACCCACAUCGGCUUGUCUUUCACUACUUCGAAGUACAGAACGGAGAAGCAUUAAUGACCCCAAUCAAACCCUGACAUAUUGCGAGGAGAUUCAGAAACUUGAAAAUGCAGGUUAUGUAAAGAGGCUGACAAAUGAAGAAGUUGAAUCCUCUGCUGAAUCAUGGUAUCUACCACAUCACUUAGUCCACCACAAUAACAAAGCCAGGCUUGUUUUCAAUUGUUCAUACCAGUACAGAGGACUUGCGCUUAAUGAACAUCUUCUUCCUGGGCCAAUCCUGGGUCCAUCACUUCUUGGAGUCCUACUUCGGUUUCGUGAGCACACAGUGGCAAUCAGUGGGGACAUUAAAGCAAUGUUCCAUCAGAUCAGACUUUUGCCAGAAGAUCGCUCACUGUUACGUUUCCUUUGGAGGGACAUGAAGAAGAACGAAGAGCCAAAUGUCUUUGAAUGGCAAGUCCUCCCAUUUGGAACAACCUGCAGUCCCUGCUGUGCCACAUAUGCGCUACAACGACAUGUGAAAGACAACUGUGUAGGCUAUGAGGAUGUUCAAAUGUCUGUCGAACAAGCAUUCUAUGUAGAUAACUGUUUGCAGAGUCUUAACUGCCCAGAGAAAGCUCGCAGCCUAAUUGACCGAAUGCGUAGUCAUCUGUCGUCAGGGGGGUUUGAAAUCCGCCAGUGGGCCAGCAACAUACCCCAAGUAAUAGAACACCUCCCAAUAGAAGCCAGAGCAGCUAGCACUGAACUGUGGGUUUCUGAGCAUAGUUCAGAUCCACAAGAGCCAGCUUUGGGUCUCCGCUGGAACUGUCUCACUGACCAUCUUGGAUACCAACACCGUCAAGUUCAUUAUUCUGAACCCACACUCUGAAAUGUUUACAAGGUACUGGCUACA